GAAUAUAGUUAUAGUUUUUUCUUCCACUUUUUAAUACUCUUUGGUGGAAAAAACCGAACAACUAUUUCUUUCUCCAGUACUAAAGAUGAAUAGCCUCAAUUUUGAACAUGAACUAAACCUGCAUACUUCUUCCCAUAACUCAAAUCUGCUAGAUCCCGAGGAGUUUAGGCGGCAAGGCCACAUGAUCAUAGACUUCCUUGCUGAUUACUAUGCAGAUAUCGAGAAAUAUCCAGUCCUAAGCCAAGUGGAACCAGGAUAUCUCCAUAAACGCUUGCCAAAGUCCACCCCGCAUGAUUCAGAACCCAUCAAAACCAUUCUCCAAGACGUGCAAGACCAUAUUGUACCUGGUAUAACGCAUUGGCAAAGCCCUAACUUCUUUGCCUACUUCCAAUGCACAAGUAGCAUAGCAGGGUUUCUCGGUGAGAUGCUUUGCACUGGAUUCAAUGUGGUCGGAUUCAACUGGAUCGCAUCCCCAGUUGCGACUGAACUGGAGACGAUAGUCAUGGAUUGGCUUGGAGAGAUGCUCAACCUGCCAAAGUCUUUUCUUUUUUCUGGCAAUGGUGGCGGUGUGAUACAAGGGACUACUUGUGAGGCCAUUUUGUGCACAUUGGUCGCUGCUAGGGAUCAAAUGCUCUGCCGAAUAGGGAGAGAGAAUGCGGGAAAGCUGGUGGUUUAUGGGUCUGACCAAACACAUAGCGCACUCCAAAAAGCGGCACAAAUAGCAGGAAUCCACCCAAAGAAUUUCAGAGCCAUCAAGACCACUAAGUCAACAUCGUUUGCGCUCUCACCGGACUCUCUACGGUCCACAAUUUGUGCAGAUAUAGAAGCAGGCCUAGUCCCAUUGUACCUGUGUGCCAAUUUGGGGACAACAUCAACAACUGCAAUUGAUCCAUUAGGGUCGUUAUGUGAUGUGGCAAAAGAUUAUGGCCUUUGGGUCCACGUUGAUGCUGCUUAUGCAGGAAGUGCUUGCAUUUGUUCUGAGUUCCGGCAAUUCAUGGAUGGCAUUGAGGCUGCAAACUCACUCAGUCUCAAUGCACAUAAAUGGCUCUUCACCACUUUAGAUUGUUGUUGCCUUUGGGUUAAAGAUCCGAGCGCCUUGAUAAAAUCACUAUCAACGAACCCCGAGUUCUUGAGAAAUAAAGCCUCUGAUUCAAAGCAAGUGAUCGACUAUAAAGACUGGCAGAUAACUCUAAGCCGAAGAUUCCGAGCGUUAAAGUUAUGGUUCGUGCUUAGAAGCUAUGGAGUGGCUAACCUGAAGAACUUCAUGAGAAGUCAUGUUGAAAUGGCCAAGCUUUUUGAAGGGCUUGUGGCAAUGGACAAGAGGUUUGAGAUUGUGGUCCCUAGGAAUUUUGCCAUGAUCUGUUUCAGGGUUCUGCCAUCAACAAUGGGUAGGGGAGCAUAUCAAAAUGGUAAGGUGGUCGAUAAUGGUCAAAAGUUACUAAAAGAAGAGAUCACUACUGCAAAUGAGCUUAACCAGAAGUUAUUGGAGUCCAUGAACGCGUCAGGACGUGUUUACAUGACUCAUACCGUACUUGAAGAUAUGUAUGUAAUACGGUUUGCAGUUGGUGCAAGUCUGGUAAAGGAAAGGCACGUCGUCAUGGCUUGGAAAGUGGUACAGGAGCAUGCGACUGCCAUACUAAGCAACAACUAAAAUGCUUAAUUAGCCUCUCUAAUUGCAUGCCAGACAACGAGGUACAUUAAUUUAGGAGGCCAUGCUUGCGUGACAGUGCCACUUGGUCGUGUUCGAAAACGUAUAAGUAGAAAGAGAGGAAGCAAAUUAUGAUCUCUGGAAUAAAAUAAAAUAAAAAUUAAGCUAUAGCCAUUUAUAAUUACUGUAUUUUCCGCUUUGUGUUGGUGUUCAGGUUCCUUAAUUUCGGGUUGUAAUGAAAAUAAAUGAAGGUUGUCUAUAUAGUUUAAAAAUAAAUGAAAAUAAA